GAUAUUUUCUGCUGAUACUUUUGACGAGGAGGUAGCCUUUAAAUGGCAAGCGGAGAAACAAAGCGGGAACACAUACAGCUCUCUUUUGCUUCCCUCUACUAAACAAAGCGGAGAGACUUCAUUUACUUCACCAUUACUUCUCAAAUACUCUCUCUUUUUCUCUUUCUCUUUCUCUUUCUCUUUGCUCUGCUUUUUGAGAUCUAAGAAUCGCGUCUUUGCGUUUCUUUCGUCUGCAAGGCGUUUGAUUCAGAGGUUAGAAGGAGCCCGUUAAUGUUAGAGUUCCUUCUGUUUUCAGGUUGCAGAUAUGGUUCCACCUAUUGAGACUUCAAACAAGGGCCAUGUUUCUCAGCCAUCCUCGCAUCCACCUCUUAAUGAAAGGAUACUUUCAUCAAUGAGCAGGAGGUCUGUUGCUGCACAUCCCUGGCAUGAUCUAGAGAUAGGUCCUGGAGCUCCAAAGAUAUUCAACUGUGUUGUUGAAAUAGGAAAAGGGAGCAAGGUGAAAUAUGAACUUGACAAAAAGACUGGACUAAUCAAGGUUGACCGUGUGCUAUACUCCUCAGUUGUGUACCCCCACAACUAUGGCUUCAUCCCUCGUACACUUUGUGAGGACAAUGAUCCCAUGGAUGUCUUGGUUAUUAUGCAGGAACCAGUGCAUCCAGGAUGUUUUCUUAGAGCCAAAGCUAUUGGGCUUAUGCCAAUGAUUGAUCAGGGUGAAAAAGAUGACAAGAUAAUUGCUGUUUGCGCUGAUGAUCCUGAGUAUCGCCAUUAUGAUGAUAUCAAGGACCUCCCACCACAUCGUUUGGCUGAGAUCCGCCGCUUCUUUGAAGAUUACAAGAAAAAUGAAAACAAGGAAGUUGCCGUUAAUGACUUUCUUCCAGCUUCUGAUGCCUACAAAGCAAUUCAGCAUUCCAUGAAUCUGUAUUGUGACUACAUAGUGGAGAGCCUGAGGCGAUGAUGUUCAGGAAUACAUUAGACUUGAAACCUUGGAAUGUGAUCCUUUUCCUUUUAUAUAAAGAUGCUGCUCUCUCUCUUUCUCUCUCUAUAUAUAUAGUCUUUUACACCUUAUUAUGGUAAAUUUUCCGAAUGGAUUUGGUUAUUAUAUUCUUAGGAUAGAAAGAUGACGAGGAUGAUGACGAUAUCUUCAGGUUUGUUAAAUGUUACUUGCUAUAAUGAAACAUCUGUAAGGAAUGUAAAAGAAUCAUGUUUGUAUUACUUUGAAUGAUGCUUGUUCUUUCCCUCCAAUUUUUUGGGCUUAUUUUAUAAAGGCUUUUAAUUGUCAUUUAUUUAUUAAA